CACUGCCUCACCACUGUGAGUACUCUUGAGUACUUCUAAAGGCACUGAUAAUGGCCCUGAAAAACGCUUUCACGCCGAAGGCGUCACUAACCGACGCUCCCACCAACCUGAAGGAGGCCAUUGACUGGGUCCUGAGGGUAACUGGUAAGGAUGGUAACAAUAACAAUGGAGAAUGUAUAUGUGGCCUGGCGGCGGCAGUGACUGACCUCCUGCAGUCAGUAGAACUACAGUACCAUGGCUAUCAAGGUGAUUCCAAUGGCAGUGGUAAAGGUGGCCCCCCCAAAAAGAGAGUCACAGAGUGCCUUAAUGGACUAUUCUCUCUAGUCCAGGGACUAGGUGGCACUGCAGUGGUCCGGACCUACAUAGACCAGUUGGCACAGGUACUCAGUGCACUCGUUGGGUGGAGUAAGAUAGAUAAGUGUUGGGGCAGUGGUGACAGUGAGAAGUGCAAGGGUGGUGGUAGUAGCAAUGAACACGGCGAAAAGACUGGCUGCGAGUAUCUACAGGAUGUAAAGCAUGAGAACAAGUGUGAUGCAUGUGGAUGUAUGAAAUGGAAUGUGACCAAUGCGGACAACGAAGGAACACCGCUGGGCAGGAAGUGUACAAGGUGUAGUGAUAGUGGUAGUAGUGCUCAUAGGUGUAGCUGUAAUACUGGUGGCAGCAGCACCUGUACUGCUGAGACUUGCAAAUGCGCUUUAGCAGGCAAAUGCUGCAAGUGUUAUUGUAAGGGAAAGGGGUGUGGAUGUAAGGAUGCCAAGUGUAGUUGUGAUAAGGAAAUGAAGGACGAGGACAGCUAUUUAUCAGCUUAUCGCAAGCGAAAUACCAGCUGGGUUGAUGGUGGAAUCAGGGCCACUUGGUUGAAUCUGGAGGAAGUUCCUUACAGUGGCUAUCCAGUGACCCCCUCCCAACGUCGCCACCACUGUGCCCGCAUCCUACUAGGCUCAGUAUGUCUCAUUUGGAGUGGGCUCACGUAUAUGUAUUGGACUGGAAAGUACCAUAAAAGUAGUCCCCGAUGGAACAAUCACAUCUUGGAUGGUAGUGGUCUAGAUGAUGGUACCCUAUCCCAAUGGCUCCAGGCCCUAGGGUUUCCUAGGAAAAUGUUGAAUAACCAUGGUCCUAGAAAUAGGUGGGAUGCAGUUAUAUGGGAUGGGAUUAGGGGUAUGUUAUAUUUGGGAUUCCCGCAUACCAGUUACAAUGCUGCCCAUGGCAGUGACCAUGAUGAUAAUACAUUCAGACAACCGGCUGGUAUGAACUAUGCUGGAUAUAUACAUACCGUAGACAGGGGUGCAUUUGAUAGUAGUGUCUUUAAGGGCACUGGUGACACUAAAAUUGACAAGAACAAACAAGGUGCCCUCUUCAAGCUCUACAUUCUAUCAUGCGCCUAUUUUACUGGAUUGCAGAAGAAGACUAAUACUCAGACCACUACCAGUACCACUCCUAGGACCAUCCGUGAGAUCCUCUACUGGCUCAGUGCACUGCCCUAUAGUCCGGCAUAUAAGGAUAUGCUGGACUAUGCUAAGGAGAGACUCAAGAAAGAAGCACCAGAUGUUGGAGGCAAAAGGCAACUUUCGUUCUACCAACAAGGCCGUAAUGCGCCCAUCACAGUUGAUGAAUACAACCUUUUUGCCCACUUCCAAGCAGUGACUCAGUAUUGCCCACUGGUCCUCAUAGGUAUCCAGGGUGGAUUACACAGUACUAAAGGCACUGACAAGACUACAGAACCACCUAUCCAUUCACUCUACGCUAACACUGAAUGCCACUUCACCUACCCAGAAGUUAAGAUUCAAGCAUACAACCAGGUGGUCCACUACAUUAGGGCUCUAUUCUACCAACUCUAUUUCCUUAGGAAGCAAUGUGCCGUGAAGGUUGCUCUAGGAGGUAAAUGGCGUGAGUGUAGGUAUGGUAAUGGGGUAGUCUCCAAGGGGGUGAUCAGCUGGAUGUGCCUGGGGUGUAACCCCAUGGAACAUGAUAGGAAAAAGAGGGUUGAUAAGGUAAAGGAGGGAUUAGUGGGGGUGAAGGAGAGUGAUAAGCUCGCAGGGGGGCUAAAAACAUUAUUGGAAAAGAUUGGUGAGGUGGUGGUACAGUUGGGUAAUGCCCAGGAGGAAUUGGAAAAGAGUGGUGGUAAUGUGAAUAUUGCACUAGCGGCAGUAAAGAAAGUAUCAGGGGUGAAUGGGAGUGAUCUAAAGGGGGUACUAGAGAAGGUGCUAGAUGUAGUACUGGGGGUAGUGGAGAAACUAGUGGAGGGGGUGAAGGAAAAGGUGAAGGCACUAGAGGAGAUAAAGAAGACACUAGAGGCGGCUAAGGAGAAACUAGAGGAGGCUAAGAAAACUCAGGAGGCACUAGAGGCGGCUAAAGGGGAACUAGAGGGGGCUAAGGGGGCACUAACGACGGCUAAGAAGGCGUUUCCCGGUAGUAGUAGUGAUAUUGAUCCAUGUAAGAACAUAGUGAGUGCUACUAUCGAUGGGCUACACAAGGCAUUACAGCUGUUGAAGGACGCAGUCCAACAGAUCAUGGAAGCAACAAGGAAAGAUACGACAGAGUUCCAAGAUGCCAUUUUUUCUGCUACUUAUACAGCAGACGUAGUUACUGAAGUUGAGAAACAUCAAGCAAAACAGAAGGUAACAUUGGAUGCAUUAUCGACGCUCGUCUCAGCCAUAGAAGACCUCCUCUCCAUCUGCAACACUCCCAAGUGCCCUGGAUGUACAAAACACAGCGACAAGUGUGGCCAACCACCAAAGCCCACUGUCUGUCAGACCUGCCUCCAACCCACUACCACUGGUGUCCCCUCCCCCCUCCAGGCCUUCCUCGAGGAUCGGUUACCAGGCUUUAGUUGUAAAGAGGUACCGGACACCGAGAAUCCAGAGUACCCUCCUGCAGCAUCCCACCUACGACACUGUGGUGGUUCCGGCCAGUGCUGCCCAUUGCCAAUGGGUUUUAGAGGGCAAUUCCAUGAGGGCAGCAUCCGUGAUUGUACCGGCCAACGCCUUUAUGGCAUCCUCUACUUCUUUAGUAACGAGAACAUGAUGCAGUCAUGUGUUUAUACAUUGGUGAGAGUUACAGCAGCUCUCAGUGCCACUACACCACAGGUAUUGGGUGAUGUCUUUGGGUUCUUUAGGGGUGGUGUGGGAAACAAGGAAAGGGGGAAGCCACAGAAGGGAGAGGAGACCAGUUGUGAGCACACAGGUAAUCCUAGUGAGUCCUCUGAGGCUAACAAGAGUAAAUACUUUUGCGGCUGGUGUGCCUCUGGGUUACGUGAUGAGGUAAAGAAGAUAGAGUGGAUCCAAAAGAUAACGGGUGGUGACGACUACAGGGAGAGUGUCGGUAAAGCGUUAAGAGAUAUUAAGGGCAGUGACAGCACUGCUACUACCACUGCAUAUUCCAGCACUGGUACCACCACUACUUCCCUCUCGGCACUGACCAAGGACUCAGAAUACCUCUCCCCCCUAACCGGUGAACUCUAUACAGCAGUGAGUGCCACAUUCGGUAACACAUACCUCUCAUGGGUACUCUAUCUAUCAGAUGCACUUCAUUGGGGAUUACAGUCACUGUCUGAGGCAUUCCAACAGAUUGAAUGCCGUGGCUGUAGAGACUGUGACCCCAAUAAGUGCAAGAAGGGGAGUCAUGGUGGGACGGAUAGUGCACAAUGUAACUGCUCUUCAAUCGUAUCAUGUACCGGGGUACUGCCGGUGUUGUAUAGACAUGGCUUCAGUUAUGGUAACCCAUUCAAUCUGGAGGGGUACCAGCAGAAGGAAAAGGACGAGGGAGAUUAUAGUAUUACAGACACGAAGAGUACUAAGAAGUGCCAUCAAUUCUUGGACAGUCUCAGUGCAGUGAUCAAUAAGAAGAAGGAAUCCGAUCAGAAGGACCAGGACAACCACCCCCUCACCAACCUCCUCUCCCAGGUCGGUAAACUCCAAUACGACAUACGGCUCCCCUGGAUCUUUGUACUGACCAUAGCCUGGCUAGUAGCGGUACUCUACCUUGCCUUUGGAGCCAUAUGGCCACUGGACUGGACACAUAUGAGGUCACACUGGUUACGGGGUGGAGAACACCAGUGGCAAUGUAUGUGGUAUAAGGUGAUGACGGGACGUAAAGGAAUGGAACUGGUGGAGUAUUUUGGUAGGAGGUAGUGGCAAAGUAGUGGCGCCUUAGGCGCAACAGUGCUGUAAUGUGGUAGUUAGUAUCAUGUUAUGAAAACGU